ACAGUCGGUCAUGCUCUGUAGUUUGUAAUCCCACAACUAUAGGCUACUGUAAGUGUCAGUGAUUUCUGAUUGGCUGGACGGCCCAGCUGUUAGUGGUUCAUUCACCAUUUUGUGACUGUAGUGGAAAAGGGACUCAGAUAGUUUUUCCCUCUCCUUUGAGUUGCCGUGAAAAAAGACAUGUUUUACGGAGGAAAAUAAAGUGAAAGCUCGGACAGACAGCAGCCAUGGACGGCAAUUCGAUUGUACUCCUGGUCGUACUAGAUAUUCCAACUGCAGACGGCACCGUAAAUCUGUCUGUCGCCAACUGAACCUUUCUGUUGGAACCCGGAAGGAGGGAGAAGGACAGGUGGGAUCUGGGAGAGAGGAAGGCAGAGGAAGGAGGUGGCAGAAGAGAAGCUGGGGAGCACUUUAACGUAAAAAGCCAAAUUACAGGAGCACUAAAGGCAGGGAUGAAGUCUGCUAAAAAGCCAGGAGGACGUUCCCCCCCGUCCACCCGGGCCAAGGGGGGCAAGAGGCGGGGGCCUGCCGAGACGGCGUCCGAGGGAGAGAGGCGAGAGAAGGCCAGGGACAGUCUUGAUGAAGCCCCACAAGAGUCUAGGAGACAGACCCCACCCAGAUCCCAGGACGAAUCGGUCAGAUGUGGCGGCUCCUCGGAUGGUGAGGGGUCCAGGGACCCAGGGCGACUGGAGGAUUGCGAGAAGCUGGGAGAUGACAGUGACAGGGGGAUAUCCAGAGUGGGGGGGACACACAGGAGUGGAGGCAGCAGCAGCAGCAGCAGCAGCAGCAACAACAACAACAACGGGGGCAGCAGCAGUAGCAGCUCGGGCAGCAGCCCCAACCCCCCCUCGAGCCGCAAGACGGCCACUUUCAAAGCCCGCGUGCCCAAGAAAAAGUACAUGUAUGAGCACUGUACGGCAGCCACGUCCAGUGCUACCCAUGGCAAUGGCUAUGGUAUCAGCAGCGGGCAGCCCACUGCCCCCGGCGCCCUACCCGGUGAGGACAGCAUGGACACGGAUGGCCACAGCCACAACAGCGGCCUGGGAGACGAAUGUGCCUCCGGGGCCACUGCCGUUAGACCCCCCGCUGAGAGAGAGCGGGGCAUGGCGGGAGACGGGGAGGGAGACGGAGCCCCGAACUCCGUGCGCUCAUCUUCCACCGACACAGCCAGCGAGCACUCGGCAGACCUGGAGGUCCUGGAGACGCACAGCAAUCCGCACCCCACUCUGAGUCCCACGCGGCCCUACCGCAGUCCCUCUGGGCUGGCCCUGCGACCCAGCCCCACACGUAGCCCCACGCACAGAGACCCGGACCGGGACAGGGGCCUGCCUGCUGGGCUGGAGGAUGCACUCGCCAAAGGACUGAAGAACCAGAGGAUAUUGGCCCGAUGCAGACGUGGUGAUGGGGAUGGCAAAGGGGUGCUAGAAGGUGGGGCCCAGGGUCAGGAGGCGGGGCCUCGUUCCAGUGUGUACCGGGCAGGCGUGGUGCGUAGGGUGAGCGGUGAGCAACACAGCAUUGCCGUACAGCUCAAUGGCGAGAACUACCUGCGGCACUACCCCUUUCCCGGCGGGACGGCCCAGGGCGGCCCUGUGGACCUCAUCCUGGAUGCCUCCCCGCCAGGCUCUGCCCCGGUGGCAGUGGGGACACGUGUGGUGGUGCCGUUUGGGGGUGAGGGCCAAGAGACGGCACGGCAGCUGUUCAGGGAAGGUGUGGUGUCCCAGGUGGACGGCCACCCGGCAGUGCCAUGCCGUGUGACGCUGUGUGAAGAUGCUGCCACACUGGCCGAUGCCGACGCCGGUGAGGAGGAGCGGCACAUGGCCGCUGCACAGCUCGUCUGGGUGCCCUGGCAGCACCUGCGCCUGCUGGUGAACCCUUGGGAGCUGCCGCAGCCGGAGGCAGGCCGGGACCGCGAGCGGGAGGAGCGUGAGCACUGGGUGGACAUGGAGAUGGAGCUGGAGCGGGAGGUGAGCCAACUGAGCAGUGGCAUGGCGCUGGGCCGAGCUGCGGGGCCCCCUCUGGGUUGUGGAUUCCCGUCUGGGGGAGGGCCGGGUCGACACCUUGGCCGCCUGGCUGCUCCGCCCUCCACGGGUGGCACACCCACUGGACCUGCGGUGGACAGGGAGCGGGACAGACAGAUCCAGAAGCAGCCUCAGAGCCUGGAGGAGGACAUCGAGGUGUCUGAGUUCAGCAUGGCCCGCCUGCAGGAGGACAGAGUAGCUGGCGAGGUGGGGGGUAAGACCGUGGCACAGCACCCCAGGCACAUUCUCUCUAAGCCUCCCGGCUACCCCAGUUCUCACCACGCCCUGGGACGGGGUAUUGGCACCCCCAUGGGCACGACACACCUUUCUCUCACCGCCAUGGCCGGCCCGCAGCCCCCGCCAUCUUCUGCGAUUUUGGGCCCAGAAGCAGGCGUUGGGUCGCCCCACCUGCCCCCACUGCCGUCCUCGUCGGGGUCUCGCGGACCCGUGGUCCCGCUGGACAAGGCGGCGAGCUCAGGCACGCCGGGGGGCGGCGGCUCGGGCUCCACGUCCUCGUCGGCGUCGUCAUCGCGCUCUCGCACGCCUCUAACAGCUGCCCAGCAGAAGUACAAGAAGGGUGACGUGGUGUGCACCCCCAACGGCAUCCGCAAGAAGUUCAACGGCAAGCAAUGGCGGCGACUGUGCUCACGGGAGGGCUGUAUGAAGGAGUCGCAGCGCCGGGGCUACUGCUCACGCCACCUGUCCAUGCGCACCAAGGAGAUGGAGGCGGGGGCUGAGCGGGAGCGUGGGGGCGGAAGCAGCUCGGGCACCGUCACACCUUCCGACCUGAGGCUAGGCGGCGGCAGGGCCAGCAGUGAGUUCGACUGGGACGAGACGUCACGGGACAGCAGUGAGGCCAGCAGCCGGGGCGACUCUAGGCCGCGUCUGGUGCUGCCUUCUCUGCUGCCGCAGGACUUCUCGCGCUUUGACUUUGAUGAGUGCGAGGCGGCCACCAUGUUGGUGUCAUUGAGCAGCUCGCGCUCUGGUACCCCGUCCUUCUCGCCCGUAUCCAACCAGUCGCCCUUCUCCCCUGCCCCAUCGCCCUCGCCAUCGCCGCAUUUCGUCUUUCGGCCCGCCAACUUCAGCCCCAUCACCGCCCGCCGCCAUCGGCACCAGAGCGGCACAGCUGGAGGUGGUGGCACGCCCAAGCUGGGCACGCCGGGCUCUGACCGAGACCGGCACCCCCCAAGUAUCCCUCCUUCCUUCCAAACCAGCCUCACGUUCACUGUGCCCAUGAGCCCUGGCAAGCGCAAGACUGAUGCCCCCUUGCCGCCGCCUCCCCCGUCGCAGGAUUACGGCAAAAUCGAACAUGAGCAGGGCGACCCGGGGCUGGGCCUCACCACGGCGGCCUUCCGUGUGCUGUCGCCGCAGACACAGUCCCAUGCAACCUCUUUCUCACGGCCACGUGGGGUGACCACACCCUCCAGUCGACCCCCCUCCUCAACCAACGCCUCACCCCCACCGAUGCUGGUCUCCCCGACGCCCCCCUCACCCCUCCCACAGGAUGCAGGCCUUCGGCGCGUGGUGCCCGUGUCCCAGCAACCGCUGCGCGACUCGCCUGUCAUCGUGCGCAACCCUGAUGUGCCACUCGCCAAGUUCACGGAGCGCCCCCUGGGCCGCGGGGGCGGGGUGGCCUCUCGCUCCAAAGAGCACAGCCAGACCCCCCAGCCAACCUCUGGCCUCCAGGUUCCUGUGCCCAUCAAUGCUGCCGCCGCCACCAAUGGUACGGUACUUCUGCGCAACUCCACACCCGCCCUGGUGUUGGUGUCCUCUGCCCCCUCACUCCCCCCCAUGCCAUCAGGCCACCCUGCCCAGGCCAGCCCCGCUCUGGCCUGCAUCUCCGUCACCUGCCCCACCUCUGGCCCAGUGCUCACCAAUUCCGGCUCUGGGAACCGGGACCGAGGUGGACACACAGGUCCCUUUGGAGGCCCGGUGCAGCAACCAGUGCCCUGCCAUCCAUCUCCCACCGCCCUGCUGCCCCUCAUCCUGCCAGCGGAGUCUCUGCACCCGGCCCCCUGCAAGGAUAUCAUCAUGGGCCGCCCCGGGACAGUAUGGACCAAUGUGGAACCCCGGUCAGUGCCGGUAUUUCCUUGGCACUCAUUGGUUCCUUUUGUGGCACCCAGCCAGUCAGAUUCCUCAUCUCAGCCUGCUGAGGGCCAGCAGCCUGUCAACCACCCCCAAACAGCCAAUCAGAAUAAAGAAUCGCAGUGCAGCACGGUGUUGGUAAGCGAUGGGAACGUGGCAACCUCGCCCCAGGAGAGAGGACCACCACCACGACCCACUCUACCUGCAGAGGAACCGCCUCCGGAGAGAGAGAGGGAGAAGGAGCGAGAGAGGGAAACGGAACGAGAGAGGGGCGACAGCGAGACAGAGAGCGACGUGGAUGACCCGUUCUUCCCAGGUGUGGUCCCGGAAACCCCCCUGUCAGUGUCCCCGGUCAAGAGACGCACCCAGUCCCUCAGUGCCUUGCCCAAGGACAGUGACAAGAACAGCCCUGGCAAGAGAGAGAAGGACCACAUCCGGCGGCCGAUGAACGCCUUCAUGAUCUUCAGUAAGAGGCACCGGGCUUUGGUGCACCAGCGGCACCCCAAUCAGGACAAUCGCACAGUCAGCAAGAUCCUGGGGGAGUGGUGGUACGCACUGGGCCCCAAGGAGAAGCAGAAGUACCACGACCUCGCCUUCCAGGUGAAGGAGGCCCAUUUCAAGGCACACCCAGACUGGAAGUGGUGCAAUAAGGACCGCAAGAAGUCAAGCUCCGAGGGUCGUGGUGUUCCGGGAGGCAAGGAUAUGCGAGAGAGGAGCAUGUCGGAGACCACAGAACCUCCAUCCGUCUCCCUGGGAGUAGACUUGAAGGGGGUGGGGCCUGGACUGGUGGGUGUGGCUGAGAGGAACCUGGGGGAGGGGCCUGUGGGACAGAUUCCCCGCCCUCGCGCAUUCUCUCAGAGCGCUGUGCACAGUCUGGAGCGCAGUGAGAGGGGGAACACACAGGCGCUGGCUGAGCUGGCACAGAUGUGCGGGGAUGGGGGUGGGCAGUACUCGGGGCGCGCCCCGGCCCACGUGCGGUCCCACCGCGAGGUCAGCGAGGACAUGACCAGUGACGAGGAGCGCAUGGUGAUCUGUGAGGAAGAAGGCGACGACGAUGUCAUUGAGGACUCCUACCCAGGAAGCUCUAUUGACCUGAAGUGUAAAGAGAGGGUGACCGACAGCGACAGUGAGAACGGCUCUGGGGACGAGGCAGACCGCAAGCACCGCGUCUUCGCCCCAGUUAUCUGCUCCUCGUCCUCGUCCCCGUCGGCCUCCUCGCUGGGCAGAAGCGUAUCACUCUCCUCCUACCCCAUCAAGCGCUACAUGGACACUGGGGGCAGCGGCUCUGAGCGCAAGAGGAAACGGGGGAUGGAGAGUGGCGGGGGAGGGGGCACGGGCGAUGGUGGCGGGGGGCCCAGCAAGGAGGGCAUUGGAGUGGCCGAUGGCGGUGUGGCCCCCUCCCAGGCAUCAUCCUCCUCCAACCAGUCAGUCAUCGCCAGUUCUGGGGCCAUAGCUCCUCCCCUGUCCCCUGCAGCCCCCCUGGGCUUGUCCCCGCUGACAGGGGGUCUGGGUGCAGUUCGAAUGGCCAACACGGUGGUGACCAACGUGGUGCGACCCGUGGUCAGCACACCUGUCCCCAUCGCCAGCAAGCCCCGUGAAGGAGGGGCCGCCUCCAGCCCCCUGCCCCCCGACAGGAAACCCACUCCAACACAGACCCAGCUGCUGAUAGGAGCGGGAGGAGGAGGCGGGGCAGCCGGAGGGGGUGGGUACUACUCUGCAUCCUCCCCUAACCCUGUAGUCACAGGGACGUCGGGGGGCGGGCCAGGAGGGAUAGUCACCAACCUGGUUCUGGGAAGCACAUUCCCUGCCCAGCUCAUUGCCCCUUCCCAGCCGCCACCUCAACCCUUGCCUGCCCACGCUCACGGCCACAAUAAUGGCCCCCUGCCCCUCUCCUUGCUUCAGCCCCAGUUCCUCCCUGCUCCUCCGCUGGCCCCCACGUGUGGGAGCAAGGCCAUCACGCAAGUGCAGUACAUUCUGCCCACCCUGCCUGCCAGCACCAACCCCAAGAGCCCCUCCCCUCAGCAGCCAAACCAGCAAACCAGUGUCUUCACCCUGCCCUCGGCCCCUCCCGCAAAUGUCUCCUUGGCCAAUGGGAAGCAGUCUGGGGCGGGGCAGGUGGCAGGAUAUGCCCCAAGUCCAGCAGUGGGAGUGGUCAGCCCUGGAACCGGAGUGCAAUCACAGGGCAAGAUGCUGGUCCCCAUGGCAACAGUGCGGGCGGCGCCGGCCCCCAGCCAGCCCUUUCCCCUGGUGACGCCGACGGUGCCUGUGCAGAACGGCUCCCAGCACGGGAGCAAGAUUAUCCAGAUUGCUCCAAUGCCUGUCGUUCAGUCACAGCUCCCAUCUGGGGGGGCAGUACAUCCUGGUAGCCCCUUUCCCGUUUCCAUGGGGACGGCUACAGUGAUGACUCCAGGCUCCGCCCCCUCACAGACUGUGUUGCUGCCACCCCCAGCCACAAGGAUCACCUAUGUUCAGUCCACUCCUGGGGUUCCUGCCCCUUUACCCUUGGUUUCCACAACAACUGGUUCCUCCUCACAGCAGGCCCCGCCCCCUCACGGGUCGGCCUACGUACCGCCGUCGCUGGCGACAUUGGGGUUCACUGCCAUAGCGCCCCCAGGUCAAACUCUGGUACAGCCCCUUAUAGCAGGUCAGACACCACUUUUGGCUUCUGCUCAGUCUCCAAACUGCCCCCCGAUUUCCUCGCUGCCAUCCCCUGCUUCUGGGGGUGGGGGGCAGAUAGUUACUGCCAUUUAUCCUCCGCCCAGCGUCACCCUAGCGACAGGGGUGGUGUCAGUGGCGGCGGUGCCCCCCAGCGUGGUGUACACCGUGUCCAGCCCCUCCACCCUCUCCCCGCACAUCCUGCCUAAGCACACGCAGCCCCACGCAGACAGGCCAGGGGCGCACACCGGGGCGGAGAGGCAGAGCCACCCGCAGCCGGAUAGGCAGGCAGACGUGCAGGUGUACUCGCAGCCAGACAGGCCGCCACACGCACAGACUCACUCACCCCUGGAGAGACAGCCUCACUCUCAGUCCUCCAGCAAGCUAAGCGGAAGCACAGUACAGACCUCUAGUGGUUCAGGAGCAUCUCUACGGGCUACUAGCCCCUCCGUGCCCUCACAUACUGCAGGCAGUGCUCCGGGCACCCCCAAAUUACCCUCUGUUCAGACAAGGACCCCUCAGAAAGUGAAAGCUGCAGUCGCUAGUAUCCCUGUGGGGAACUAUGAAGGAGGGGGCCGGGGGAAGGAGAGAGAUAGAGAGAGGGAGAAGGAGCGAGAGAGGGAGAGAGAGAAGGAGAGCAUUAGUGGGGGAAGCAGCCGCUUCCCAUUUGAGACGGAGCGGCUCGGGGAUGUCGGCUCUCCUGCAUCCCACCCUCCCGAAGAGGGACCGUCAGACGGGCCCCCGGAGGGCCACGGCGUGGGGGACAGCGCUCCUAGCCGUGGCAAGGAGGGAGGUCCCAAGGAGGCUGGAUGGAGGGAUUCCCUCCCAUCUUCUCCUUUGCCCCCUCCGUCCGGUCCUGACCCCCCACUGCCACCUCCACAGAGCGACAAAGAUGCCCCCCCGCCCAAGAAGGUUAAGGCUCGCCCUCCACCACUGAAGAAGACCUUUGACUCCGUGGACAAGGUCCUGUCAGAGGUGGCGUUCGAGGAACGCUUUGCCGAGUUGCCGGAGUUCCGACCGGAAGAGGUGCUACCAUCCCCCACGCUGCAGAGCCUGGCCACCUCGCCGCGUGCCAUCUUGGGCAGCUACCGCAGGAAGAGGAAGAACUCCACUGACCUGGACUCAUCCACGGAGGAUCCUGUCUCACCCAAGAGGAAGAGCCGGCGCCGGUCCAGCUGCAGCUCGGAGCCCAACACACCCAAAAGUGCUGCCAAGUGCGAGGGUGACAUCUUCACCUUCGAGCGGCCAGGAACUGACGGCGAGGACAUCCUGGGGGAGCUGGAGUUUGACAAGGUGCCAUACUCAUCCCUGCGCCGGACCCUGGACCAGAGACGGGCGCUGGUCAUGCAGCUUUUUCAGGAACAUGGCUUCUUCCCCACAGCUCAGGCCACAGCCGCCUUCCAGGCCCGCUAUGCGGAGAUCUUCCCCACCAAAGUGUGCCUGCAAUUGAAGAUCCGCGAGGUCCGGCAGAAGAUCAUGCAAACGGCAGUGCCCUCCGAAGCCGGCGGCUCGGGGCUUGGGGCUGUUGGUGGGAUUUCGGACCUGGUCUCCCUCCCAGGACCCUCCGGCGGCCCGUCAGGCGAAGGAGGGCUAGGGGUGGAGCUGUCAGAGAAGGAAGCAGCAUUGGAGAGAGCACACAGCCCCGGAGAGCACCGUGGGGGCGCCAGCGAGUCGCAGGAGUCUAGCAGAUGAGCCUGGCAGGAGGUGGGACAGGUUGAUGGAUGGCUGCUGGUCCCGUGCCCCCCCCCCCCACCACCCCCCAAAAAAGCCUAGCUUUCUGCCUGUGCCUGGACCUGCCUGUCUCAUCAGCCCAGAGUGCCGGCUCAGAAAGCGGUGGGGGGUGAGGGGUGGGUUGUUUUGGAAGGGUGUAGCGUGCAGGGAGACGGAUGAGGGUUUCGGAAGUGAGCGCACUGAGUUUCUUUUCCUCAGAGACUCUUCAUGCACGGCACAGAUCUUCUCACUACCAGAUACGGAUACGGAGACGCCGAAUGGGCGAGUUCCCACUGCUAGCCCAGUCCGGCCUGGCUGGGCACGUGGCGCUAUACAGGACACACAAGGGGUCCUGGACUGGCGUUGUUUCUUUCAGUCUUUUUACAGGCAGUCAUUCAUUUUUAUUUUUUUUAAAUGAGGGUUAGAGGAAAGUAGUUCUUUGGUUACUAAAGGGGGCGGGGUCUAGUUCUUCCACCUGUCACUGGCUCAUUUAGCUCUGCAGGACAUUGAAAGACUGAGCCCCAUUGGCUGGAGAUCACAUUGAUGAAUGGAGAACCACAUAUACAUCUUGUUCCAUUUGGCUCCGCCUCUAAAAAAAAUGUACUAGCUCCUCCCACUCUUCAGUAGCUGGCAAUCAGGGCCAGUUACUUGAGAGCUCCGGGGGGAGUUCGGAGCUUCUGCCUUCCUGUGAUUGGCCAAAUUGGACGGCCAUGAAGGAAGCGGGGGAUCCGUGAACGCCGCUCUCGGGCCCUGACUGUUCAGCCCGGCAGUGGCUAAGAUUAAAUUGAACUCAAAUCUAAACAAACCUAACAGAGGGAUGAAGAAGAGGAAGGACUUAUUUCCCCUGAAGGCAAGCAGAGAGUUUUAACUUUUUAAAGGAAUAUAAACUUGAUUUUAAAUUGACUCACGUGAUUCUCAAGUUCAUUAUAUUAUUAUUAUUAUUAUUAUUAUUAUUGUUCUUACUGUUAUUGUGGAUGCGUAUUACCCACAGAAUUAGCCCUCACUGCUGUUUUGUUUUCUCAUCUUCUCCUUUGUGUUUUGGAGAGCAUGCAUGAAGGACAGCCACUCUCCUCUCUCACUCCUCCUUUGUCUUCCCUCUUUAAACUCUCCCCUUCUCCUUACAGCGUGUGGUGUUUGAAGGGGAGUAACUGCUUAAAAAACAUAAGAUUAUUUUGAUACUCUCGGCGAACCUCGUGACCCCCACCCUCCAUCCCUGUGCUGCCAUCAUUGUCCCCCUCCCCGUUCGUCUUGUCACUUUAUUGCUCUGUCCUACGCCCUCCUGUGGGCGAGUGUGGCAUGAGUGUUUAUGGGCAGGGAGCCUGGCUUGGUAUCUGGCUGUCCCCUGUGCAGGAACGGGUUGUGUUGUACAUAUUUACUGUAGAGUCACGGGACUCGUUAUAAAAAUCCAGAAAAAAUGCAUAAUUGAAUAUUAAAAACGCCGUUACCGAAAAUAAAACUGUAAAAUAAAAAAAAAAUAAAUGACUAUGACUAUUAACAGUUGUGUUACUCCUUGUUUUACUGAGGAAAUAUACAAAGUCUAUAUUAAUAACUUUUUAGUUGGUUUCUUUCAGUAAUCAGAGUAGCCGUAAGAUAGCGGCUUAUUACGGUCAGGAUUUAAUAGCGCUUUAUAAGGACUGAAGAGAAGAAUUGUGAGAAAAAUAUGUCCAUGGGACAAGAUGAAAAUGAAGAUCUAUUGGCUUCUUUCUUGUGCAGAAAUCUGGAAUAAAAUGCGAUUGAUCAUGGCUGCCGCACACUUGUGUGUUGGCUCCUUGAUCAGUUAUGAUGAUAAAAGGGGUCUUGGUUUCUAAAUGGGCAUGUUGACCAUGUGCAAUAUUUCUUACAUAGAAAGCAGCAUAAAAUGACAAUAAAGAUUUAACACAG